AUGGCGUGCAAUGGUAUGUUCGGAAAUGGGCCUGGUCGGCCAAUUUUCAAAAACAACGCAGGCGGUGAUUCUAUCCAGCCGCCGGAUCCAAAGAAAUACUUUCAGCUCUCGAAAGCGGAGAUUGUGGUUGUCAAUUGGGAAGCACGCAUGCUAUAUAUGGACAUUGUGGCUAUACACGAUUCGGCACUCGAGUUGCCCGAUGACUCCUGGCAGCAACAUAAAGCUUUGAAUAUAGCCAUGAAAAUCAUCAACACAUUCAGACCUGGCAACAAAGACUCCAUUACGAAAUGCCGCACAAUUGCAGCCGACUUUCUCGGACCCGACGUUGGCUCAUACGAGAUUUAUCACAAUGCCACCGAAGUGGAUAUAUUUGCCAUUGGCCACUGCCAUAUAGAUACUUGUUGGCUCUGGCCGUGGGCAGAAACAAAAAGAAAAGUUGUACGUUCAUGGCUAAACCAAUGCGACUUGAUGGAUCGCUAUCCCGAGCUCAAGUUUGCUUGUUCCCAGGCGCAGCAAUUCAAAUGGCUCAAGGAGGAAUACCCCAUUGCCUGGAAACGAGUCAAAGAAAAAGUUAAGGAAGGGCAGUUUCACCCCAUUGGAGGGUGCUGGGUGGAACAUUACACCAAUAUGCCCAGCGGCGAGUCCUUGGUCCGACAAUUUUUGUAUGGACAGAGAUUUUUCGAGAGUAAUUUUGGAUAUCGAAGCAAGACUCUGUGGCUACCUGACACUUUUGGAUUUGCUGCUCAGUUGCCACAGCUUUCUAGACAGGCUGGCAUGAAUCGUUUUCUUACUCAGAAGAUCUGUUUUAAUAACAUCAACGAGUUCCAUCAUACAACAUUUAACUGGAUCGCCCUAGAUGGGAGUCAAGUAAUCAGUCACAUGCCACCAGUCAGGACAUAUACAGCGGAAGGAACGGUUGCCGACGUCAAGCGAAGUAUUGCCAAACAUCUAUCGCUUGAUCAGGAUCACACAGCGCUCAUGGCAUUUGGCAAGGGAGACGGCGGUGGUGGGCCAACGUGGCAGCAUAUGGAGCGAUUGAGACGAUGUCGCAGGAUUGCUGACGAAGUAGGCAUACUUCCACGAGUCCACGUCGGGAAGUCAGUUGAUGAUUUCUUCGAUGGCCUCGAGAAAAAGGCUGGUAGUCUUGUGACGUGGUUCGGCGAGCUAUAUUUUGAGCUCCAUCGUGGCACAUACACGACCCAGGCAAAUACAAAGCGAAAUAAUCGCCGCGCUGAAUUUCUGUUGCGCGAUAUUGAGUUACUUGCUACUGUGGCUUCGAUCUCGGACAGAUCCUACAAGUAUCCGAAGAGAGAGAUUGACGGCAUGUGGGAAGCUGUUCUUUUGUGUCAGUUCCAUGAUUGUUUACCUGGAACUUCGAUUCGGAUGUGCUACGAUGAUUCUGAUAAGGUUUACGAGAAUGUUUUUGCGACUGGGACUGCACUGCUGAACGCAGUCUACAGGUCUCUAGAUAUUGUCGAAGUUGCAGAAAAGGGAGAUCUUAAGAAGCAAAACAUGAUAGCUCUUAACACUUUACCAUGGCCACGCAUGGAGAUCGUUGAAUUAUCUGAUACAGAAACAGCAGUAGCCUCGGGGGAAGGCAUUAUUUUGGCUCUCGAGCAAUUCACUGGCGCCGAAGUCGAAGCCAGAGUAACAAUAAAGGAGACCUCGAAAGGUGUCUAUAAGAUGCAGAACAGUCAACUUUCUGUUACCGUCCAGAAUGGAUGCAUUAUUUCCCUGUACGACCGGAUAGCAGACCGCGAAAUAAUACCCGAGGGAAGCAAAGCAAACCAUGUUGUGACGGAGAUCAAGAUCGACGAAAUCAGUUCAAUAAAGUCAAUUAUAUCACUGACUGCAGCACUUGAAGGUCAGCAAUCAGUUGUUGAAUGCAGUGCAGAGGUCGACUGGCAUGAGACGAUGAGGUUUCUCAAGGUGGAAUUCCCCGUUAACAUUCGCAACACAGAGGCAUCAUAUGAAGCGCAAUAUGGUGUUAUCAAGAGACCUACCCAUUAUAAUACUUCAUGGGAUAUGGCCAAAUUUGAAGUGUGCUGCCACAAAUUCGCCGAUCUCUCAGAGCACGGCUACGGUGUAUCAAUCCUCAACGAUAGCAAGUACGGCUUUUCAACGGUUGGAAAUGUGAUGAGGCUCUCACUUUUACGCUCCCCAAAGGCACCUGAUGACACUGCUGACAUGGGACGACAUCAGAUCCGCUGGGCGAUCAUGCCUCAUCGCGGGGGGCUGAGUGCAGAAACAGUGCGUGCUGCGUACGCUUUCAAUAGCCCGCUCAAGUUUCUGAGUUGCUCAAGACUGAAGGACUGCACACUUACACAAUCCCCAAUACGCUUGACUGGUGAUCAAAGUCUCAUUCUCGAUACCAUCAAACGCGGCGAGAUCGAUGAGGAUGUCAGUCGUGGAGAUUUACCUUCUCAUAAGGGAAGAAGUGUCAUUAUUCGCAUCUAUGAGUCUCUCGGCGGACGUGCAAGGGGGAGAGUAGAAACUUCGUGGCCGGUCAGUAAAGUUUGUAAGACUAAUUUGCUGGAAGAUGAUGAGGAGGCUGUAGUUUGCGAAAACGGAAAUUUCAAGGUCGAUUUGGGAGCUUUUCAGGUUGCUACAUAUAGAAUUUGCUUAGCGUAG